GAGGAGUUUAUUCACACUCACUGCAGAGAUUCACUGAAGCACUUUGUUACAAAGCAUUUUCAAAAGUCAGAACUCCAUUAUUAUAAUCUCUUGUGAAACUCUACAGAAAAUGUUUGAGAUGUUUAUUUUCUUCUGCUUGUGGAGUCUGCCGGGUGUGUUUGGUGUUGAUGCAGUGCAGUCAGUAUCAGUGACGGAGGGAGAAUCUGUCACUCUAAAUGUGACUGAUAUACAGACGAAUGAUGAGAUCGAGUGGCAGUUUGGACGAAUCCUCAUUGCUGAAAUCAACAUAAAGAACAAAAAGAGCACAUUUUAUAAUGAUAGUGCUGCUGGGAGAUUCAGAGACAGACUGAAGCUGGAUCAGACUGGAUCUCUGAUCAUCACAAACACCAGAACCACAGACUCUGAACUUUAUACAGUAACCAGCAGCACAAGAAAUACUCUGCUCAACACAUUUAAUCUUACAGUCUUUGCUCCUCUGCCUGUUCCUGUCCUCGGCAUUUACUGUCCAAAAAAUUCAUCAUCUUCAUCACAGCAGAAUUGUUCAUUGGUGUGUUCAGUGGAGAAUGUGGGUCAUGUGACUCUCUCCUGGUACAAAGGAAACAGUUUAUUGUCCAGCAUCAGUGUGUCUGAUCUCAGCAUCAGUCUCUCUCUACCUCUGGAGGUUGAGUGUCUGGAUGAUUCGUACAGGUUGAUGGUGAACAAUCCCAUCAGAAACCAGACUCAACAUCUGGACCUCAGCCAAAUCACAUGUUCAGACUAUCGUUGUUGUGGUUCUACUGAAGCUGCGAUCUGAUUGGCUCUCUCUGCUCUGGUGGGCGUGGCUGCUGUUGCUGUGCUGGUUAAUGACAUCAGAUCCAGAAGUCUUCAACAGAAGAGAGAGCAGACGUCACCAUCAGACAACGAUUGAUCA